AGUCGCUAGCUCCUCUCGCCGCUAACACACAUCUGACCCACGAGUCUUCUGCGCGCAGAUAAUCGAUCGAUCGUCGAUUAAUCGCCCGAGGAUCGGUUCGUGCGAGCAGCCGGACGCGGUGCGGGCUCGUGGACCCGUGAUGGCGCCGCUGGUUUCCUGCGCUGGUCCAGUUUCCUGCUGACUCACCGGGACAGGGUGGAUCCGCCUCCUCGCCAGAUGUGGCCACUACCUCUGCUCAGACUCCUGUUCAUGAACGGCGAGGAUGCGUUGACUGAGCGGCUGUGGCUCGGCCGGGGGGGAUGACAGGACUCUAGCAGACAUGGAGACCGGGGAGACGAGACGCACACGCGGCUGAUGACACCAUUUUUACAAAGUCUAGAUUUUCCAUCGCUUUAGUUUCCCUCAGGCUGAGAGUAAACGCUAUUUUUUUUUAUAUUUUUUUAUUCAGAGCUAGUUUUGUUAUUUUUUCCAAAGCCAUCCGCACUCAGACGGCAGGAUGAGCUCGGAGGGUUUUCAGUACCGAGCGCUGUACGACUACAAGAAGGAGCGUGAGGAGGACAUCGACCUGCACGUGGGCGACAUGCUGCUGGUCAGCAAGGGGGCGCUGCUCGCCCUCGGCUGCAGAGACGGAGCCGAGGAGCGGCCCUCUGAGAUGGGAUGGCUGCCGGGCUUCAACGAGACCACUCAGGAAAAAGGCGACUUCCCAGGUACAUACGUGGAGUUUUUCGGUAGAAAGAGGAUGUCCCCACCCACACCGAAGCCCCGCCCACAGAGACCGCCAUCUGCAGCGUCGCUGAGGACGGACUCAGAGUCUGAGGGCUUCGUGUUGCCCGACCUCCCGGAGCAGUUUGGCCCCCCCGACACAGUGCCCCCCCUCCUGGGCAGACUGAUGGAGGCCGUCGAGACCAAAGGUGUGGACUCGCCCGGGGUGUAUCGCAGUGCGAGCGGCGUGGGCGUGGACACCCGGCAGCUGGCAGACGCCGACCUGGAGCAGCUGGAGGUGUCGUCCCUGUGUGACGGGGUGGUCCGCUUCCUGCUGGACCUCCCGGGUCCCGUCCUCCCCCCCCCGCUUCAGGCCGACAUGCUCCACGCGGUGCAGGAGGUGGAAGACCCAGAGGAAUGUGCCCAGGUGCUGAGGGGCGUGGCCAGUUCGCCGGCCUGCCCCCCCCAGUGCGGCCUGACCCUGCUCAGCGUGGUCCGACACCUCGCACGGCUCUGUUCACACACGGCCAGAAACCAGCUGACUCCUCGAGACCUGGCUGAGAGCUUCAGUCCACUGAUGUUCAGACAGACUGCAAGGUCUGACUCCGGUGUGGAUCCUCUGGUUCAGGUCCUGGAGGUUCUGAUCAGCAGCGAGCUCAACAUGAACCAGGCUGCACCAGCUUUGCCUCCCAAACCAGUGAAGUCGUCGCCUCCAGCAGCUCCCAGUAGCUUCAACAACAGCAUGGCUCUGCAGGACGCCGAGUGGUACUGGGGAGACAUCUCCAGGGAGGAGGUGAACGAGAAGCUGCGGGACACUGCUGACGGUACAUUUCUGGUGCGAGACGCCUCCACUAAGAUGCACGGAGAUUACACUCUGACUCUGAGGAAAGGAGGCAACAACAAACUGAUCAAAAUCUUCCACCGGGAGGGGAAGUACGGCUUCUCCGACCCGCUGACCUUCAGCUCGGUGGUGGAGCUCAUCAACCAUUACCGCCACGAGUCUCUGGCCCAGUACAACCCCAAGCUGGACGUCAAGCUGCUCUACCCGGUCUCCAAGCACCAGCAGGACCAGGUGGUGAAGGAGGACAGUAUUGAAGCUGUGGGCAAGAAGCUGCACGAGUAUCACCUGCAGUACCAGGAGAAGAACCGGGAGUACGACCGGCUGUAUGAGGAGUACACCAGAACAUCCCAGGAGAUCCAGAUGAAGAGAACGGCCAUCGAGGCGUUCAACGAGACCAUAAAGAUCUUCGAGGAGCAGUGUCAGACUCAGGAGCGUUUCAGCAAGGAGUACAUCGAGAAGUUCCGUCGAGAGGGCAACGAGAAGGAGAUCCAGAGGAUCAUGGAGAACUACGACAAGCUGAAGUCCCGGAUCAGUGAGAUCGUGGACAGCAAGCGCCACCUAGAGGUGGAUCUGAAGAAACAGGCCGCGGACUACAGAGAGAUCGACAAGAAGAUGAACAGCAUCAAACCGGAUCUGAUUCAGCUCCGCAAGACCAGGGACCAGUACCUGAUGUGGCUGACGCAGAAGGGCGUUCGUCAGAGGAAACUCAACGAGUGGCUCGGCCUGAAGAAUGAAACCACAGAAGACGAGUACAGCAUGGUGGAGGACGAGGAGGACCUCCCGCACCACGACGAGCGUCUGUGGCGUCUGGGAAACAUCAACCGCACUCAGGCCGAGUCGCUGCUGCGAGGGAAGCGAGACGGAAGCUUCCUGGUGCGAGACAGCAGCAAACCGGGCUGCUACGCCUGCUCCGUGGUUGUGGAAGGAGAAGUCAAGCAUUGCGUCAUCAACCACACCAGCACGGGCUUCGGCUUCGCCGAGCCCUACAACCUGUACGGCUCUCUGAAGGAGCUGGUGCUGCACUACCAACACACGUCGCUGGUCCAACACAACGACUCGCUCAACGUCACGCUGGCGUUCCCCGUCUACAGCCAGCAGAGGCGGUGACCCUGCACCUCACUUACACCCCCCACCCCCCCUUCACGAACCAGGACCUGAACGCUUCAUGUCCCUUUAAAGCUUUUAAGUGAUGACGAGUAUUUGAAAGUCUUCACAUGGAACUUCCACUUCCUGUGAGGAUGGACACAAAGUAAAUACAUGUCUCUGUUCACACAAGGUCAAGAGGAUGUUGUGAUGAAGAUCACCCUCCUCAUCCUCCUCAGCGACAAGACUGAAGAUUUCAUUCUGCUGCCUUUCUGUUUGCGUCAGAAGUCAAAUUCAAAAGACCAAAAUCAGCCCUGAAAACAUCACGAGACAAAAGCUGAGACGGAUACCGAGCGUCCUCGUCCUCUGUCCGUCUCCCGUCUCUUUAAAGGAAGUGUUGACAGGAUUCAUCACAAAUAAUUUAAAACCAACCUUUUUCUCAAAACUCAUGAAGAAACAAACGAUCUGAACUCAAACUUAUAAUCAGCAGGUGUUAAAUAUGAAAAGAAUACAUUCUUAAAUAAGUGUAAAUGACUCCAUUUGAAUCUUUGAGUUGAGCUCAUGAUGAAACUCCAUCAGGUCAGAAAGUCGACCGGUAGAAAGACGAGUUGAAUCAUUAAAUGAGGAUGAUUUAAUAAAGUGUGGAAUGUGAUUAUAAUUAAAAAAUCUGUUACAAAAGCAACAAGACAAACAAAGUGGAAACCUUUAUUUUGAAGGCAGAUUCACCUUCAACCCAGAAAUGAAGAGCGAUGACCCCUGACCCCGGGUCUGACUGGUGUCGGAUGCUCGUUCCCGAGCGACUGUUAGUUUCCUAGGUUACCGAGCGCGUUGAGGAACAAGGAACUGAAGUGUGAGGGAAGAGCCACAGGAGGAGGAGCUGGGAUGAUGAUGAUGAUGAUGAUGAUGAUGAUGAUGAUGAUGAUGAUGAUGAUGAUGAUGAUGAUGAUGAUGAUGUCUGAAACAAACUGGCAGAGCGUCCAGAAAGAGACUUCUUACAAAACACUGUGAGUGAAUCUGAAUGAGGUUUAAACUGAGGGUGAAUCAACACCCCCCCCCCCACACAGUGUUUUCCAGCUUCCUGUUUGUUCAGGUUUCAUUCCGACGCUGGACUCUUGACUUUUAACGGUUGUUUUCAUUUUUGCAGAGUGAAUGAUUCCUUGAUUCUUUUAUUUCAAUAAACGUUUGUUCUCAUCGUAGAAACUCCAACAUCCUCGUGUGCACGAUCGAGACUUUGAGACUUUAAACAUAAAAACCUGGUUCUGAUUUUGACUUUGCUUCAGGAACAGUAACGAACGUACGGACAACACAACGCUCCGGAUGUGAGGAAAUGAAAGUCGCCCAUGACUUCUUGUCUUUAUGCAUUGUGUUUUCAUUUUUGUGCAAAACGCUAGAGAUCGGGUUCAGGAGCUGAAAUUAUCCGGAUUUAAUAUGUGAGACAAAUGUCCUGAACUUUUCAAGCUUUUAUUUUCCUGAGUAUCGUCUGUAGCAGCUGGUGACGGACGAACGAUCAGUUCACGUUCAGAUAACUGUUGAAUCUGUCACAUCCGACAGGAAGUGAUGAAUAAAACACUCGGUCUGAUCGUCUGACGGCUUUUGCACUGAAAUCCUGAAACAUCUGUUUUCUUUU